CAAGGAGGUUGGCAUUAGUGUCUGUCGGUAUGGCAGUCAGAUUCGGCCGCGAAAGUCCAUAAGGUGAAAGGUCUAUUCAUAUAUCUCGUCUGUGGUGAAAGGUCUAUUCAUAUAUCUCGUCUGUGGUAAUAGCAAGCGCCUUCCUCUGAUUUCUUCAGGCAGCAACGUAUCUGAUGGUAUUACCAUUUCUGUGCAGAGAAUAUCUGCUGUAAUACCGACUUGCCGAAUCGGCUAGGUCACGUGCCGUGUCUACCUCUUUAACCAUUGUUACUAGUAUUGUUUUGAAGCUGUUGUGUUCGUGAAAAUGGACGGUAAACAACGUCUUCCAAUGAAAACAAAAGUGGAUACACUACAGAAUUGGAGUCCGUAUGCCAGACAGUAUGAUCCCCUAAAAUCUGGCAGUAUUGAUGGCACAGAUACGGAGCCACACGAUAAAGCUGUUAGUCGUGCCAUACAAGCACAUUAUGAUCCACCUCACGGAUUAAAAUCGAAACCAGAGAGAACAUUAUUUGUAACUAGAUUUGGUCCAAAAAUUACGAAAUACGAUUUAAAAGAGUUCUUUUCUAGGUAUGGAGAUGUUGUAUCGGCGAAAGUAAUUGUCGAUGUUGUGACUGGACUAUCCCAGGGUUAUGGAUUUGUAGAAAUGAGAAGCGAAGAUGAAGCUAGGAGGUCAAUUAGACGUUAUAGUGACACAACAUUGAAAGGUUACAAAAUUUUUGUGGAUCAGGAAUGUGGGCGUACCAUGAAAGGCUGGAAACCAAGAAGACUUGGGGGUGGUUUUGGUGGAAAAAAAGAAUCAGGCCAGUUAAGAUUUGGUGGAAGUGAUAGACCUUUCAAAAAACCAAUUGUACCUAAUAUUAUAAGACAUCAUAAUUAACAUAAUUUUAUAUUUACAAAAAUUUUAAUUUUUAAGUUGGGAUGUGUCCUUUUGGUGCUGUGUCUAUUUGCUCAUUCUUUCCUGUCAUAGUCCCAGCUUCCACCAAUCUUUCCCUAUGAUCUUAGGCUUCUCUAUUGUUCUGUACUUUUAUUUUCCUUCGCUAGGUGGUAGCCUUUUCAUUCUUCUCUCAUGCCACUUCUCCCUUAAAUUAUUCCUCACUCUCUAUCCGCAAAACUUAUUUUUAUAUCUCUUGUACAUUUUUUACGUUUACUCUAUUUAUUACCGGAAACGGACCCACCUGUUUUCGGAAUUUUACAACAAUGAAAGAAAUAUGAGACAUUUCGAAAUUUUUGACAAUGUUAUUAUGUUGCAUCUGUGUCUGGUCAAAAUAUAACCUGUAAGAUGUUUUAAUU